UCCGCCUUUCCUUCUCUUCUCACUUACUCUGUAUUCUUGUCAACCUUUGAAUGAAUAAAAAGCACAGUAUAAAACAGCUGUUGUAUUCUUUUUUAUGGACACCCAAAUUAUGUGAUUCAAAGAGGGAGAGAGAGAGAAAGUGUGUGAGAGAUGGAACAUUGGUUCUUCAUCAAUUUGAAACAUAUAUUGAUGUUAAAAUUCCUUACUUCUUACUCCUUUUCCAUUGCAAAUUUAUAAAUACCGUCCGUCUGUGAUUUCAUCGAGACAUUGCAUGCAAUGAAGGUUUUCCCUUUUAUCGACUUUUAUUAUCGACGUCACAUCAAGGACCCCGGUUACUCGCAGCACAGCACAGCACAGCACAGCACAGCACAGGGCGCAAGAGCCUAGCCUAGUGAAAAAGGAAGGAAAGGGAAUCAAGGACAGAGACAUAAAAGGAAUACUAUGUCUUUACGUUUUUCAAUUCCUCAUGCAUAUGAUCCAAAUAUGAAUAGAGAGGAUCUUUUGACCCUUUCGAGAACGACUUCUCAUUCUUAUAAAAGUGGUUUAACCUCUCAAGCAAAACCGAAUCAUGGCAAUAAAUCAGAGCAUGCAAAGCAACCUUAUGUAUUUGCAGAUCCAAUUGCUUUUAGGCAUGAGAACUCUUACUAUUGAGUUCCGAAUUCCUUACUAAUUUUUGGACUUUUGACAGAUAUCUGGAAGAGGACAACGCCACAGAAGUUAUAGAACGUCACGGAGAACUUAAAGGUUACGAAAUUUAUCUGGUCGAGCAAUGGGCAUGUUCGAGAGUACAUCCCACUUUCGUUAUUACGACCUAUACAGGGGAUGCCAGCCACAAGAUUCAAGUAGGAGUACUGGGGAUUCCUGCAGAUAAGGAGACAUGGAAUCCGAGACUUCGAGUCUACUUCAACGCCAUUUCUCAGUAUCACGCCAGAUCUAAGGAUACGCCAUUAGGCACAUUGAUGGUUACAAAUUUGAGCAGCUUUCCCUCUGGGCUCAAUGUUAUCCCGGUACCGAAUGGAGACGUGAGGAAACAUAGGGAAGAUUUCAUUGUCAACGAGAAUUUGAAGAGGUUGGGAUGUUCUGGUCGAUCCGGCAUGAGCCUUCAGACACCGGCAGCUGCAACACAAGCCAAAUUCUUUCAAUUAUACAAAACGAGCGAUCGAAUACCCCUAUAUGGUGCUGUCAUCGAACUAGUAAAGCUUUGUCAAGUAGCUUUAAUGAUAUUCGGGAAGUUAGAACAGGAAUACGCUGAUGGUUGUCUUUGCGAUGUUACCGAGAGAGCAAUAAAUGAUUGGUGGACUGAAAUUGGAUCGGAAUACUACAACAUUGAACCAUCCGACGGGAUUCUAGGCCCUACGACUGUGGCCGCACUUCUAGGAUUGCUCAUGGGUGCCAGAAAUCGACUCAAUUAUUAUGGGGCCCCGGUGGCUAAGGACGCUUUUGAUGUUGUUAGUCUCAAGCGCGGCAUAGCUUAUUUUCAAAAGUCCCAGAAAUUGGAGCGUACUAGGAGGCUAGAUAGGCACACUCUACAGCGGUUACAUCACGUCACUGCGAAAGGUGCUGCGGGAGAUGGUUGGGCAGUUCCAAAAGCGGUGAAGUCGACCCUUGCAGAAGUUAGUGGGAAAAGUGGUGAAAUGGUUAUGGGAAUGGUUGGUCGUGAUAAAUCUGGGAUUGCCGACAUCGAGACUUGGGACUUAGAGCGCUUCAUAACUCUGGUACAUGGCGCAAGAUCGAAAUGGUUAUGGUAUGGGAAAUCUAGACGGACAGGUGUCGAUGAUCAUGGUAAAUCAGAAUCCGCGGCGGCUCACAUGUCGUUCACCAAGGAUGACCAUGGUGGAUACAUGUGGUCUCACAACAGAGCUGAUUCAGUGCCUCCAGAGGAUGAUACAGAUAUUCGCAAAAAAGAAGUCUCCGAUGACAUAUACUCCGCUCAGCCUCCAGGAUCGACACCGAGUAUGUUGGAAACUUCGAAUGACCGAGAAUUUCAACUUCACAAAACUGUGUUUAAAAAGGCUACCGGGAAGAUGAGCGAGGCCAAGCAAGGUUUUGGACGAAUAAAGGAUGCUGUUGGCCUGCGCGGCCAUGCCAGUAAACAUUCGAAAGACGAAAGCCGUGACUUGGAUGAGAACGGUGGUUACUUUAGCCCGGGACAUCUGACUACAACACCCUAUGGGCCAAGCACACCAUCUAGUCCAACAACUAACAAAGCAUUUAGUUGGAAAAUCAAGCCGGGAGAAUAUGAAAGUGCUAUACCAAACCCUAAAGACGUCGUGACCGGAUUAGCGCAAGCUGGGCUGCGUGAAAGGGGUAGCGAAUCACCUCCUGACAAUUCCAGGACAAGCUUGCCAGGUUUCACUCCAAAUUCAAGCGCUUUACAAUGGGAAGAAAGGAAGGCCACGGAAGCUGAAGAACAGUGGCAGGCACAGGCGCAAGAUAUUCGGCGCGAACUUGUGGCAAGGGAGCCUUCGAUUUCAGGCUCCAUUUUCGCCGAAGGUGACCUUGAAGGUCCAGUUUUAGAGGCAGAACGUAGUGUCAAUCAUAAUUUUGUGGCAAUACUUCAUCGUCGACAUAGUGUUUCAGACGUGUCUCACAUCAGGAGACAUCGCGGCGAAGAUCGGAUACAGCGCCACGCGUCUUUCAGCGACGCCGAAGACGCUAUUCUAACCUGGGAUCCCGUUGGUAUUAUUGACAAGUUUGAUGAUUUAGAUGAGUGGCUUGCAUUACAAAAUCAUAAACUACUCAACGAGGAUUACAAACGAAUAUACGAGAAGAUAUUGGAUCUCCGAAACAAUCUAUGCCCAUGGGUACAACAGAGAAUCGAAGGAAUCAACCUUUUAGAGGACCAGGCUGCUUUGGACCAAGAAAGAUUUCAAGAACUACACAUGCAGCUGAGCGAAGAAUACCAGGAUCUAAGGAAGAACACGCAAGACUUCCUUGGCGAAGAACGAUCUCAUGUUACAGAAACUCUCAAAGAUAUUGAAGUUCUUGGAGCCAAACUUGAGUACGAGCUUGAUUCUCUCGUGUCAAAAGUACAGGACGUAGAGGAUGGUGUAUCUCAAUUUGAAAGACAGGUAGAUGAUUUGGAAACACGGGCAGAUGAACUAGAAAAUAUUUUUAGAAGAGAAAGUUGGGCUCAUUGGAUUGUUCGCUCCAUCACAGGAAUUGGUACUGGCCCAAAUAUAGUGGCACCGAGGAGCCCAUGAUUUUAUAUUAGUUAGUCGACAACUGCAUUCAGCCGGCGUUUUGGGUAUACCCAUCAAGCAUUUAUAUUUUUUUGAGAAUAUGGAUUGGAGUUUUGGGAUUUGGGGGUGGCGGAUAUGAACGUCGUUUGUGCUGUCCUUAUACCACAUUCUAAUGUACAAUAUCAACAGGGAUGGGUUUUAUCAUCACCCGCUACUGUUUUU